AUGAACUCUGCCUCGAGAUCGCCGUCAGAAUCGCUCCCACAGGCGUCGAUCCACGUGCACGGUCGACACCUCUUGGACAACCACAAUCGCGUCAUACAUUUACGAGGAGCCAACGUCUCGGGAUGUAGCAAAGUGCAAGUCCAUCGUCGCUCUGAUCCUAACAUCGAUAUCGGUAACCCAAAACUAGCUUCGUACAUCAACCGACCGUUCUCGCUCGACGAAGCGCCGACACACUGGGCGAGGCUGAAACGAUGGGGUCUUUAUUAUCUGCGGAUCACGGUCACCUGGGAAGCUGUCGAACAUGCCGGACCGGGUGAAUAUGAUGAAGACUACUUGACCUACUUGAGAGCGUUACUAGAGGGAAUGACGCAAGCGGGGUUGAUAUGUUAUGUGGCUUUACAUCAAGACGUCUGGUCCAGGUUAUGCGGCGGGUCAGGAGCACCCGCAUGGACGAUCCAAUACGCAGGAAUGACCAUCGACCCGCACAUCCUCUCUGAAACAGGCGGGGCGUGGGUCGAGGGCGUCGACGCAGCGUCUCGGUCUUCACAGGAGAGGGGGUUGUGGCCGACGGGGUAUCAGAAAUUGGUCUGCGCGACGAUGAACACUUUGUUCUGGGCGGGCAAAACCUUCGCCCCCAACCUGCUCGUUAAAGAUCCCACAGAUCAGGGCCAGAAGAAGAACAUCCAAAUAUUUUUGCAAGAGAGGUAUCUGGCCAUGUUUGACAAGCUCGUCGAGACUCUCGAUGGGGUCGAGGGGGUGUUGGGUUACGAGAUGAUGAAUGAGCCGCAUCCGGGCUAUAUCGGUAUUCCCAGUCUGUACAGCUUCAACUAUGAUACCGACCUACAUCUCGGCAAAUACCCGUCGGCUCUACAAUCGUUUGCCUUGGGAGCUGGAUAUACGCAAGAAGUUCCCCAUUACGUACGGAGUUGGCCGUUUCCGUCCAAGAUUAAGGGCUAUCGGACGAUGAACCCGACAGGACUGAGUCUGUGGACCAGCCCCGAACAAGAAGCAGACUCGGCAGAAGCAUCAACAUCGACUGGACGAACAGCGAAAGAAAGUCGGUGUAUUUGGGCGCGACAUGGGGUCUGGGGGUAUGAUGCGGACACGAGACGGCCGAUCGUGCUCAAGGAGGGAUACUUCACAAAGGACUCUCAGGGCAAGAAAGUCAACUUCUAUACCGACUUCUAUUGGCCCUUUGUCAAGCGGUGGGAAGACGGCGUCAAGCGUCGGUACGGAGGCAAGGCGAUGGUACACGUCGAAGGUGUUCCAAAUGAGUUUUGUCCGGAUUGGCCGGAAGAUGUGCGACCUCAAGAAAAGCUCAUCUUCUCGCCCCAUUGGUAUGACCUGAACGCGCUGUUCAACAAAAGCUUCGGCUUCAUGACGGUGAACGUACAAGGUCUCUCGAGGGGGAUGUUUGUCGGUAAAGCCAUCUACUUUGGUCACAAGGCUGCCCGGAACAACUAUUCCCUACAGAUAGGCAAUAUCGUCAAGGCCGCUCGAGAAAAGCUGGGGGAGGUCCCGAUCGUCAUCGGCGAGACCGGUGUACCUAUGGACCUGAACCGAAAGCAAGCUUUCAGAAGCGGCGACUUUGAAUACCAGUCACGCAUGAUGGACUGCAUCUUGACGGCGAUCGAGAGAAGUUUAAUUGGCGUAAAUCUCUGGAACUACAACCCUAGAAAUACGGAUGAAGCAGGUGACGAGUGGAAUCACGAAAACUUUUCGUGGUUUUCAGAAGAGAAAAGACAAGACAUGCUCUACCAGCGACUAUUGCGCUCGGAACGGCUGGAGAGCCAAUCAGACAUCACUACAGGUCCUUCGGACCUCGACCUGGGCGCGAGGAUGCUCAACGAGAUUGUCCGGCCAUAUCCAAUUCGCACGGCGGGUAUUCCUCUGAAACUGCGCUACGACCCUGAAACGACCGUUUUUCGAUUCGAAUUCGCAAACCCGGUGCACGUUCACGACGAUCGCCCAUUCGACUCUACGCUGGGUCCGCCAUUGACUGGUCAUCCUCGCAUUACCCUGCGUGAAACGGUCGUCUUUCUGCCACCGCGUUUCAUCGAGGCCUGGAGACGACCGUUCUCGCAUCGACCGUUCAUCGUCAAGACGUCGGACGGAUCGUGGACGGUCGAUGAACUCGCUCAGACGUUGACGUGGACGCAUGCGAACGAUUCGCCAGGGUCGGAACACUGGAUCGAGCUACGUAUCCGGCCAAAGAGCGACGAAGGGCCCGGAAUGGGUGAGGUGACCCUGUUCACUAUUGUGUGCCUCAUCGCCGUGAUACUGGCGUACUACUUCAACUCGCCAACGUAG